CGCUCGGCCGCGGUUCCUCCCAGCCGGGCCCGGCGUGCCAGCUUCAGCCGCCAUGUCUUCCGGGGCCAGCGUGAACGCCAUGCAGCGCCUGGUGGAGCAGCUCAAGCUGGAGGCCGGCGUGGAGAGGAUCAAGGUCUCUCAGGCUGCUGCAGAGCUUCAGCAGUACUGCAUGCAGAAUGCCUGCAAGGACGCCCUGCUGCUUGGUGUCCCAGCUGGAAGCAACCCCUUCCGGGAGCCCCGAUCCUGCGCUUUACUGUGAAGACUGGGCAGAAGGUCGCUGGGAAAGCACAUGGUGAUGGAUGACCGCGGCCAUGGCCCAAGAAAACAGUUUCAACAGCCAAAUCACCUUCUCUGUUGCCUGCUCCUAGAGCCAAAUUCUACAGAAAUCAGUUUUUUGUUUUUUUUAACCUCACCACCAAAUUUACUGAGACGUACCUCUUCCCUCAUGGAACCUGUGUUUUUCUGCCUGGGAUAUAGGAUGUUUUACUUACUGGGUAUCUGAAUUUUAGGAGGGAAACGGUUUAUUUUCAAAAACAGUAUUUGUAAUUUUCCUAACAUUUUUAUACUCUAAUAAAAUUUGUUCGUAAGAAUUCACAAUUACUAAAUGAAGAGAAAAUAUAAAAUUGGGGGACUAAUUGAUAUCCUGAUUUUUUAAAGGAGAACAUUUUCAUUUUUUAAUGAGAUAUGGUCUUACUUGGACAGUAGACUUGGGAGAUGCUCCUUAGCCAACUGAAAGGUUGAUGUAGUGUUAGGUUGCCCAUCCUGGGUGAGGUUGGUUAGCUCUUUCUUUAGUUUACAAUUUAUAAUUGUGUUUGUAGCUCUUAAAAAUGUGCUUAUGCCUUUAAAAAAAUGUUUAAAAUGUGACCUGCAUUCAGAACAUUGCAAUUGGUUAAAAACAAAAUGUGAAAUACUACAACCUAAAAGAAUUAAUGUCACAAGUAUUUUAUUGGGGUGAUGUGCCUUUGAUUUAAUUGGGGACACUUUUAGAAGGAAAGUUUGUGUUUAUAAUAACCUUUGAAGAACUUGGAAAUAAAAUUCUUGCCUAACGCA